ACUGAUUGAAAACAAGAUGCUCACAUUAAUCCUCAAAUACAGGAUCACUUUGUAUUUUAAGGAGUGCGUAGCUUAGCUGGUUGUGCUGAUUGUGGGAAGUGCUUGAAAAAAAAGCAUGCUACUGUAUUUUAAAAAAGCAUACCUAAAUGAUCCAAAAAACUGUAAAUGAAGCUGUAAAUCUGAUGAGGAUCCAGGAGCUUACUCUGUCAGAUUAUAUUUGUUGAAUCAUAACACUUAUUGGAAUAUUUUACCAGAAAGAAUCAGGAACUUGAGGAGUAUAUGAAGAAUUUUCAACCUCAAAGUGAAGUCAAAGCAAUCAGGGUUUUGCUCUGCGGACCAGUCGGUGUGGGGAAGUCCAGCCUGAUCAACUCUGUCAACAGCGUCUUACAAGGGAGAAUAACCAACAGAGCUCCGGCCAGCAAUACAACCUCUGAUCAGAGUUUCACCAAGAAGUAUAAAACCUAUAACUUCAAGAAAGACAGAGAGAACAAUUAUCCCUUUGUGUUCAACGACAUCAUGGGUCUGGAGGACGGAGAUGAAAGAGGAAUCAGAACAGACGACAUCAUACUGGCCUUGAAGGGACACGUGAUGGAUGGUUAUAAGUUCAAGUCUUCAUCUUCCCUUUCUGCUGAUGAUCCUGACUACAUUUCUUCCCCAUCCAUCAGUGACAGAGUUCAUGUUCUGGUCUACGUUUAUUCUGCUGACUCGCCACAAAUGAAGCCAUCUGUUUUACAGAAAAUGAAGGAAGUCAGAGAAGAAGCCAGUGAUCUGGAAAUCCCUCAGCUGGGAAUUCUCAGCCACAUUGAUAAAGUCUGCAGUGAAACAGAAAGUGAUGUUAAAAAUGUCUACAUGAGCAAAGAUUUAAAUGAAAAGAUGAAUGACUUCAGCUCCAGUCUGGGGAUCCCAAUGAACUGCAUCCUCCCAGUGAAGAACUACAGUCAUGAAACUCAGCUGAAUCCAGAUAUCGGCACUCUGAUCCUGAAUGCUCUGAAAAUGAUGAUUGACUUUGGAGACGACUACAUUGACACACUGUGAAGAUACUAAAUAGUGUGUGGGGAUAUAAAUGGAAAUCACCUCAUUGAUAUUGCUGUUGUUUCUGUGUGUGUCAGUAUAAAAUACUUAUUAUUCAAGGGGUUAGGGCUCUAAAAACAAAUUAUAUAAAUUUUUCUUUUUAAUGUUAAACAGUCAGUGGCUUUGGUUGUUUUUGGGAGGGGGAGCUGGGGGUAUUAUUGCCAUUUAGUUUAUUUAAUUUAAAACACCAGUUAGGGGAGAAGCAUCGUAAAAGUGGCAACAGACAACAAAAACACAUAGGACCGGAUCCACAAAGAUUCCAAAUGAGGUGCGCUAAAUUGAAAGAAAAAGAAAAAGCCCUGCAUGUGCACCCUAUUUAAAUAUACUGGCUGUCAUCAUGGGGAGUGUUGGAGAGCAGAGUGACCAUGAAUGAAAACUGAAGUGUGAAUGCAUGGAAGCCUUUUUGAGCACAGGACAUUUUUAUUGAUUUGUUUCAUCUUCAAUAUCCCUCUGGCUCUGUUACGGUUCUCAGGUCUCUGGUGGCUUUUAUGAGUAACAUGCCCCAAUAUGUAAGUUAGAGUUCCAAUGUUAUUAAAUAAACAACACUGAUUAAUCAUUUUGUAAACCUUUAAAGCAUGUAGUGGGAUGAAGAUUUCUACUACAUUCAGCAAAUUUCCCUGUGAUGUUUAAAUUCUUAAUCAUAUUUCGUACAAAUUAAAUAAAAUGUGUUUCUGUGAAAGAGAUUCAGAGAGUGAAUCAUCUGUGGCCUCAGUGAAUGGAGGCAUGUGUUUUUCAUUUUAUUAUUGCUGUAAUCACUGCAUACAUCACAGAUAAAACCUGAUCUGAAAAAUUUUUCUUCUACUUUUAUAAAUUUACUUAAAAUAGAACUUAAUUUUUUUAUAUGCUAAUCUUAA